CACACGUGCCAUAGGUUGCCCACCGCUGGUCUGGAGUAUGGGAAGGAUGUAAAGUAGAGCAUGCAGGAGGUGAGAAAGGACAGGGCCUCAAAACUCUACUGAAGAGUAUGUCAGGAAGAGAAAGAAAUGGGACAUCAGGGCCUAAAUCAUAAAGCUUGAGGGAGUUAAGAACAAUUUGAGGGGAAAGUGGGUGUGAGGCAGGACAGGAGCCUUACAUUCUCUCAGGGGAACAUGCGGAUGUGUGGCAGAUGAAUCUUGGGCAUCAAAACCCCUGUCCUACACAAAGGUGUGAGAAGGAAGCAUCUAGGACAUCACGUUCCCUCCUGGGGAGCAUGUGGGACGGCGGGUGUGAGACGAGGAAAGCGCCACACUGGAAGGGAAGCUCAGGCAGCGGAAGCUGCUGGGUUGUGCCUGCAAUCGGUGCGUUGCCCCUUUAAUUGUGUCCCCAGCCCUCGGGCGUCUCUGUCCAACGCCCACGUCAGCAAAUACCUUUUGUUUCUCUCACGUUCGGGCUUCCAUGGUUUGGGGCGGCGGGACCCGCAAAUUGCAUUGAAGCGGCAAAAAGCCCCAGCCCAGAGGUUUGGGGAUCCCGCACCCACCUCCCGCUGUCCCCGGCUCAGCAGCUGCAGCCUGCGGAACCCAGCCGAGCAACGCUUCCUGUUACCCUUUUUUGGAAUGGAGAUAUCUUCCCAUCAGUUUCAUCUCCUGCAGCAACUAAAUGAGCAGCGCAAGCAAGACUUAUUCUGUGACUGCUGUAUUCUGGUUGAGGGGAAGGUCUUCAAAGCACAUCGAAAUGUGCUGUUUGCCAGUAGUGGUUAUUUCAAAAUGCUCCUUUCCCAGAGCUCAAAGGAGACAAAUCAGCCAACCACAGCUUCCUUCCAGGCAUUUUCUCCUGACACAUUUACAGUUAUUCUGGAUUUUGUGUAUUCUGGCAAACUCUCUCUCACUGGCCAGAAUGUCAUUGAGGUCAUGUCAGCUGCUAGUUAUCUUCAGAUGACUGAUGUUAUUAGUGUUUGUAAGACUUUCAUUAAGUCAUCACUGGACAUCAGUGAGAAGGAGAAGGAUAGAUAUUUCAGCCUGUCAGACAAAGAUGUAAAUUCCAAUGGUGUGGAACGCUCAUGCUUGUAUGGUGCUGAUUGGAGAACAGAGAACAGUUCCCCGCAUUCUCACUUAAAUCCUGAUCAAGGGACUUGUGUGAUGAGUGGAAAUGCUUGGAGCAAUUUCAGCUACUAUCCAACUUCUCAAAGAAAUGCGCAGCAGCUGGCCAAACAUGACCAAAGGCAGGAUUCCAUUAAAAAAACUAGACAUUUAGGAUUGCAACAAUCUUCUGAUAUUCUCCAUUAUAAAUCAAGCAAGCUUGAAGACCGAUCCUCAGACCCCCCUAGCCACGUUUCUCAAUCUGAGGAGGAAGUCCAAAUUGACACAGAAAUUGACUCUGCCCAUGCUGGGUAUCAGUAUGGUCAGGGGUCUGACGUGAUGCCAAGGAGCUUGGGUGUGGCACAGCAAGACCAUGAAUCACCCCAUUCUUCUAGCAAGUCAAAGUCCUCAAAAGCAGAUGAGCAAUAUGGCAACAUGCCCUCAAUUUUAGGUGUAAUGGGAAGCUGGGCUGAAGAUGAUCUGCCCAGGAUGAGAUUCAAGUGCCCAUUCUGCACUCAUGUGGUGAAGCGAAAAGCAGACCUAAAGCGCCACCUUCGUUGCCAUACAGGAGAACGACCUUAUCCAUGUGAGGCAUGUGGGAAAAGAUUUAGCAGGCUAGACCAUCUAAGUAGCCAUUUUCGAACAAUUCAUCAGGCCUGUAAGCCAAUCUGCAGAAAGUGUAAGCGCCAUGUGACUGAGCUGACGGGACAAGUGGUGCAAGAGGGGACAAGACGUUACAGACUCUGUAAUGAGUGUCUGGCUGAAGCUGGUAUAGACAGCAUCCGCAUUGACUUGGAGGCUGAACCACAGCUUGAAUUUCCACAAGAAGGGGAUAAAGAUUCCAGGUGGCACUACAGUGAAGACAACAGAUCUGAUGUGGAGAUUGUGGAGGAUGGGUCUACUGACUUGGUCAUCCAACAGGUUGAUGAUAGUGAAGAUGAAGCAGAAGAACAGGAAGUAAAGCCAAAUAUUAGGUAGUUGUGAGUGAACUGAGAA